AUGCGCGCAGUUGGUAAUUCCGUCGACUACAAGCAUAGUGAUGAUGUCACACCUGACUUUGGCAAUGACGGAUACACGUACCUUUUGCAAUAUCAAUUCAAUGAACUGGAUGAAUCACAGAUGUUUGACAACUUCUUCUUUAAGUCGGUGAAGACCGUGAAUCAUUUGAACAAGCAAACGUUGAAUGCGGUGUGGAAUACUGCAUUGCAACUAAAUGCUACGAUGAGCGAUUGUAUAAUUUAUGCAUGA